UAGCUGAGUGGCCUUGUCAAGGAUCCAAGUUGUUUGUGGUCCUCAUUAGCAUGUCAGAGUAGUCUCCUCAUGGUCAAAAUACGCCUGCCACAGGCUCAGGCAUUUCGUCGAGGCAUGACAGCCUCCAGAGACACCAGCAAGACAUUGUUUUCUCGUCUCUGUAGGUGUGAAGAAAGCUUUCCAAGAAGCCCUAGACUAGACUGCCCUUUGUCAGUGGUUUGCUGGACAGAAUGAGUCACACUACUAAUAGUACUGUGGACCAUAAAUUACUGUGAAUGGCUUGGACCAAUUGGGAUUUACGCACUUUCUCUGAGGGCAAAUAAAAUAUGAGUCAUGCCAUCAAAGGAAAGGCAGCAAAGAGAUGAGUAGGCAAUAAGUGGGCAUUGCCAUACCAGAUUCAUCCUACUGGAAGCCCCUUUCUGGAUACAUUUUUUGCUCUCAAAUAAUGAGCAUUUGACAAAAUCAGGACAAAGAAGUGAUUCUUUUGAUGCAGAGUUCCUUCCAUAAAUUCAGAUUUUCCUUCUGAAUUUUCUAGGAGAAUUUCAUGGAUAAAGACUAGACCUUCCUUCACUAUUUUCUCUUACAGGUUGUGCUCACAGUUCAUGUGACUAUUUUGAGAAAACAUUAUCAUUGCAUUUUAAUCUGAAGACUUGUGAGCCUGCCUGUUUAUCAGUUGAGAUUUUCUAAAAUUCUUGUGCUAGAGAGAGUAUCAUUUUGUGUAAACUAGGAAAAGAAAUUGGUUCAAGUAAGUCUAACUGCAAAGUUGCUGAAUCAAGGUAUCCCUUUCUCUCUCACACAACAAAAAUUUAAAAUAUAAUUUAAAAUUGUCAAACAAUGAUCAUGUCACAUCUGGAAAUUUCAGGUUUUUACUCCCUUGUCUUUUUUCCUAAUAACCUGAAUGCUCUGCAUAUUCAGGCUUUCAGCUGUUUGACUUUGCUGGAGGUAAGAAAAGGUAUCCAGUUAAUUUCACUUUUCUCAGAUGUGACUCAUUUCUUUGACAUAAAAAUCCUUAUCUCACAGACUAAGCCUCAGGAAUUGGUUUGAAGAAUGAAGACAAACCUGGCUUUUAUGAGAAUAGAAAUUUUUUUUUUAUUGGAAACAUAGUUUUCAACAAAGAGUCAGGUUGGAAAGUGGUAGGAUUUGUCCCAGCUUCCCAGGGCAUGGUGGAAGGUGAAAUAAGACCACAGAUUUAUGAGCCCGAUCCUUAGAGACAACAUUCAGAAACAUGAACUGUCAGUUCAUUCAACUUUCUUUUUUCAAAUAAGGAGAUGUAGGCCUAGAGAGAUUAAGUGACUUAAGCACUUCCAUUAAUUUUUGGUGGAUAUAAUAUUUCCCUAAAGCACUGAAGAACAGGGAGUAUAUACAGUGUUGUAUAGUGCUGUGCUGUCUAAUAUUGUGUAUACAGUUACCUUAACAUUCUGUACUUUGGUAACUUUGAUAAUGCAGAUAUAGAAACUGGUAGUAAUGGUGGUAAUGAUGAUGAGGAUGACCAUGAAAAUCAUAAUUUAUUGAGCACUUACUGUAUGCUGGGCAGAAUGUUUAUUGCUUUACUGGCUAUAACACAAUAAUUAUAUGAUUGCCCCAUUUUACAGAUGAAGAAAGCGAAGUUUAGAGGUUAGACUUGCCUAGUGUCACACAACUGGAAGUAGCAGAGUUAGCAUUCUAGCUCAUAUUUGUCUGAUUUCAGAGCCUGAGCUCUAAAUUAUGAGGCUUACCACUAAUUACUGGGGCGGGAGAGGAUAGUGUUUAUGAUGCUGAGAAGGAAAGUUCCUGAGUGGCAUCAGGAAUGACUUGGAAAAGUGAAAAGCCCUAAGAAGGAUAAGACCAUGCAAUGGGCAUAAGGGAUUGUGUAGAACAGGUGAAAAUUGGAGUUGCCUCUUCAACCCGCAAGAGAAAGUGCAGGGCAGAAAAGAAACCUCAAGAAAAGGGGUUGAGCUUUGAAAGGAGAAGUUGGCUACAGGCGCUGGAAGGGCUGAUGGAAUGUAGGUGGGGCAGAGGUUGAGAUCCUGGCCCCCCCAUGCCACACACCCCAAAUUGAGGCCACAUGGCUGUCAGUGAAAACAGACCCAGGUGCUAGUUUCAAUAAAAGGUUGGACAAGGACACAAAGAAGGGUAGGGAGGGCAGACAACAGCUAAGGUCUCAAUAGCUCUGCAAAGUAGGCACAUGGCUCCCAGGAUUAGCAAACACAUUUUUCAUGAGAAGACAGAAUUUUCUAGAUGUUAAGUGACUGUUGUAAAUCAUUUAGCUGAGAUUGUCAGUCCCCAUCUUUGGGGUAUGUAGUGUAGAGUUAUACAGAUUUGGCUACCGAAGGCAUGACUCGGGCAGAGAGAACUAGAGGAGCCAGGAAGAGGGCAGCCUAGGCACAGCCUCUAAAUUAGCAACUGUGCUCACGGCAGCCCAGAAACCCAGGGGAGAACAUAUGUGCUCAGGGUGGCUGCAUGUCCAUGGUCAUAAUUACACUAACACCCAAUAACAGAGAGGUUACCUUGUGGUUAUGAGCCUGGGCUCUGGAGCCAGCCUGCCUCCAGUUCUACCUCUGUAUCUUCUCGCUGGGUUACCUCUAUUAGAUUGUUUUCACUCUCUGGGCCUCAGUUGUCUCUUAUGCAAAAUUGGAGUAAUAAUUGUACCUCAUAGGAUGUUGUAAGACUUGAUUAAGCAUGUAGAGCAGGAGUCAGAAACCUUUUCUAUUAAGGACCCAAUAGUAAAUAUUUUUGGCAUUUAUGGCCAUAUAGUCUCUGUCACGACUAUUUAACUCUGCCUUAAGUUGGUAGAAAAUUCAGGCAUUUCAAAAAACUGUCUGCCGUAGGAGACUGGCAAAAGCCCAUAGCAGGCAAAUGUCUCUUGAUUUAUAAAUGAAAUUGUAUAAAAUAAGAGCGAUAAAAAUUAGACUUCUGAUUCCAAAUUAUCAACACAAUUAUGCAGAAAACAGACAACUUUUAAAAAAAUAUAUAAGGUUUUUAGUCUAUGUAUAGGUGAUUAUAAGAGGCAUGUUCCUUCUGCAGUUCUGCUUAGCUUUCUCCCAAACACUGCUUUUGAUUUAUCCAGCUCAUCCAUCUUUUUUUUAAAUAGAACAUAUAAUUUGUCAAGUUGCAGCCCAUGGUUAAAUAAGUAUCACCAGAAAGUCUGAAAAUGCAUUUUCCAUUUACAGAAAAAAGGGUUAAGCUGACUUAGAAAUGUUUUAUGUUGACAGUAUCACUUAAAGGAGAUACACUUCAUUCUUAAUGUGGAACGUAACUGAGAAGUGUAUUUUGGAAUCAUUUCUAGUAAAGAAUUAUCUUGUCCUUUCCCCAAAUUAAAAAGAGGAAGAAAAGAAAAUGAAGUACAAAAGCCUUGUUGUUGUGCUGUCUAUUCAGGCUUUAAUGGUGGGAUGGGGGUGGGGCCCAUAUGCACCCAUUGCACCCCAAAUUAUAUAAGCUUCAGAAGCAUUUGCGCUAAAUGAAGGCCGUAGAUGGCAUGCAUUUAACGGGGCUGACCUUGGUAAAUAGAGAUUUGUGAGGGGGAGGAUGGUUUGGUGACACAGAUUCUCCAAAAGCAAAGUGAGGUCUGAGUAAUGAUAUACUUUGCGUGUAGUUUACAGGGAAUGGAGAUUUUUUUGUUUAUUCUUUUAAAGGGACUCUAGAAACCACGUCUAAUUUCAAUCUAAUGAAAUACCUCCUAAUGCUAGGGGUUUUUCAGGUCAGUUUCCUAGGAGAGAUAUCUCAUGCCCAUCUUGUACUGGUUGUUCUAUGUACAAAACACUGUUUAUAUUUACACUCACCUACUGGAUUUAUUUUAUUAGUUUUGACCCUGUUGAUGUUAAUGAUAUUCUUGUGACUCUUUUGAUCUGUUGGACAUUAAUGUAUUAUGGGUCAGUUAGCUCCCACUAUAUGCAAUAGAGAGAGGUGGGGAGAGAAUACUGAGAUGUCAGUUCACAGACCUCUAUAUAUGUGAGUGUCAUGGAGAUUUAGGCUGUUCUAUUCCAUUUUAGAAACUAUAAAUUAAAUCAGAUCAAAAGAUGGUUUUUGACCAAAAUUUAUAAAUUUCCUAGUAAGUGUUGGCACUGAAAUUUAAGGAGCAGAUGUUAUCUUCUUGAAAUUCAGGAAGCUCACAUGAAUUCUUAAUGAAAAACAAACAACUUUUCCAGAAAAAAAAAAAAAAAAAGAUGACUUGGGUUUCUCUGUGAUGUUAAUUGUACCAAGUUAUGAUUAUGUGUUUCAAAUCACCGUAAAAAUUGGGGAAAGAGGUUUUUUUUUUUAAAUUUGCUUGUCUGGAAAUUGAGACAUGGGAUUUCAGGAGUUCUGGCCCAAACACGUGCCUCAGAAAAUGGGGCAGACAAGCGCACAAGCAUCCGCAUGUGAGGAUCCGCACGCGAAGAUGCACGUGAAGACCACAGCUUCCUUUCCUAUUCUCACCGUGCAAGUGCAUCAUUUUUCAACAGUAGUUCAGUUCAGCCUUUUUUAGAUAAUAGCCUUGCAAGUGAGCAGACUAGCAAAGUCAGAUGCUGAGAAAUAAAGCUUCGAUGCUUACACAUCCAAAUGAUUAGGAUACACCUGAGAUGUCUCUCUCAGUGAACAGAAACAUCCCUGGAAGCCCUAGACCUCUGAGGCACCCCAGCUUUCCCUGGUCAACGGCAAAGACUUAUCCAGAGCAACUCAUGACCAGGCUGUGGAAGCUUUCAAGACAGCCAAGGAGCCCAUAGUGGUACAGGUGUUGAGAAGAACACCAAGGACCAAAAUGUUCACACCUCCAUCAGAGUCGCAGCUGGUAGACACAGGAACACAAACCGACAUCACCUUUGAACACAUCAUGGCCCUCACGAAGAUGUCCUCUCCCAGCCCGCCCGUGCUGGGUCCCUAUCUCUUGCCGGAGGAGCAUCCCUCAGCCCAUGAAUACUAUGAUCCAAAUGACUACAUUGGAGACAUCCAUCAGGAGAUGGACAGGGAGGAGCUGGAGCUGGAGGAAGUGGACCUCUACAGAAUGAACAGCCAGGACAAGCUGGGCCUCACUGUGUGCUACCGGACGGACGACGAAGACGACAUUGGGAUUUAUAUCAGUGAGAUUGACCCUAACAGCAUUGCAGCCAAGGACGGACGCAUCCGAGAAGGAGACCGCAUUAUCCAGAUUAAUGGAAUAGAAGUGCAGAACCGUGAAGAGGCUGUGGCUCUUCUAACCAGUGAAGAAAAUAAAAACUUUUCAUUGCUGAUUGCAAGACCUGAACUCCAGCUGGAUGAGGGCUGGAUGGAUGAUGACAGGAACGACUUUCUGGAUGACCUGCACAUGGACAUGCUGGAGGAGCAGCACCACCAAGCCAUGCAGUUCACAGCUAGUGUGCUUCAGCAGAAGAAGCACGAGGAAGACGGAGGGACCACAGAUACAGCCACCAUCUUGUCCAACCAGCACGAGAAGGACAGCGGUGUGGGGCGGACCGACGAGAGCACCCGCAAUGACGAGAGUUCGGAGCAGGAGAACAAUGGCGACGACGCCACCGCAUCCUCCAACCCGCUGGCGGGGCAGAGGAAGCUCACCUGCAGCCAGGACACCUUGGGCAGCGGCGACCUGCCCUUCAGCAACGAGUCCUUCAUCUCGGCCGACUGCACGGACGCUGACUACCUGGGGAUCCCGGUAGACGAGUGCGAGCGCUUCCGCGAGCUUCUGGAGCUCAAGUGCCAGGUGAAGAGUGCCACCCCCUACGGCCUGUACUACCCUAGCGGCCCCCUGGACGCCGGCAAGAGCGACCCCGAGAACGUGGACAAGGAGCUGGAGCUGCUGAACGAGGAGCUGCGCAGCAUCGAGCUGGAGUGCCUGAGCAUCGUGCGCGCCCACAAGAUGCAGCAGCUCAAGGAGCAGUACCGCGAGUCCUGGAUGCUGCACAACAGCGGCUUCCGCAACUACAACACCAGCAUCGACGUGCGCAGGCACGAGCUGUCGGACAUCACCGAGCUCCCAGAGAAAUCCGACAAGGACAGCUCGAGCGCCUACAACACGGGUGAGAGCUGCCGCAGCACCCCACUCACCCUGGAGAUCUCCCCCGACAACUCCUUGAGGAGAGCGGCAGAGGGCAUCAGCUGCCCGGGCAGCGAAGGAGCCGUGGGGACCACGGAAGCCUACGGGCCAGCCCCAAAGAAUCUGCUUUCCAUCACGGAAGAUCCCGAAGUGGGCACCCUUAGCUAUAGCCCGUCCCUGAAGGAGCUGGACCCCAGCCAGUCCCUGGAGAGCAAAGAGCGGAGAGCCAGCGACCGGAGCCCGAGCCCUACGCCUAGCCAGAAGCUGGGCAGCACCUACCUGCGCUCCUACCACCACUCCCCGUACAAGCACGCGCACAUCCCGGCGCACGCCCAGCACUACCAGAGCUACAUGCAGCUGAUCCAGCAGAAGUCGGCCGUGGAGUACGCGCAGAGCCAGAUGAGCCUGGUGAGCAUGUGCAAGGACCUCAGCUCCCCAACCCCGUCGGAGCCACGCAUGGAGUGGAAGGUGAAGAUCCGCAGCGAUGGGACACGCUACAUCACCAAGAGGCCCGUGCGGGAUCGCCUGCUGCGGGAGCGCGCCCUGAAGAUCCGCGAGGAGCGCAGCGGCAUGACCACCGACGACGACGCGGUGAGCGAGAUGAAGAUGGGGCGCUACUGGAGCAAGGAGGAGAGGAAGCAGCACCUGGUGAAGGCCAAGGAGCAGCGGCGGCGGCGCGAGUUCAUGAUGCAGAGCAGGUUGGAUUGUCUCAAGGAGCAGCAGGCAGCCGACGACAGGAAGGAGAUGAACAUCCUCGAACUGAGCCACAAAAAGAUGAUGAAGAAGAGGAAUAAAAAGAUCUUCGAUAACUGGAUGACGAUCCAAGAACUCUUAACCCAUGGCACAAAAUCCCCAGACGGCACUAGAGUAUACAAUUCCUUCCUAUCAGUGACUACUGUAUAAUUUUCAUUUCUGCAUUAUGUACAUAAAAGAGACCACUACCACUGGGGUAGAAAUUCCUGCCUCGUUCAAUGCGGCAAGUUUUUGUAUAUAAGAUAAAUACGGUCUUCAUGUUUAUAGUCCAAAUUUGCAAACCCUACAACUCGGGGUGUCAUAGGUCUAUUUUAAGGGGGGAGAGAGAAAAAAAAAACACCCUUACUAUCUUGGAAGGCAAUAUUAACAAACAGAGCUUUUUUCAAAUAAAUAGCAAUUGUACUUUUCUACCUGUACCCUUUUACAUAAAGUGUUUAAAUUUCAGAAAGAUCUUUUAUUAAGCAUACUUUCACAGAAUAAUUUGUUUAAACUAUAUUCAUAUUAAAAAAAAGUUAAACACGCUUUUUUUCCUGCCUAAAACACAAGUACAACUGCCAGUAUGUAUUUUUAAUGGAACCCUAUUUUAUAAUGUUACGUUACUGAAUGUGUUUCAUAUGCGUGACCGUUAAGGUAUUAUUUAGGUGAAGGUUUCAACUCAAAACUACCCAACCUGGUGGUUAACGAUUUAGUACACAUAACCAAACCCGCAGUGUUUAGAGUUGGGAUAUACAUUUAAACAUUUUCCUGGUUUAGGUUCCCAAGAGAGUGUAAAGGUUUUAACAGAAAGCAACAUAUCAUGCAGCUUUAUGGAAGUUUAAAGCAUGUUUGCAAAUAUUGCAGCCCAUCGAAAGAAUUUGCAUGUACAGGAAAGUUGUGGAUGGAGACGGUUUGUGGAAUUUUAAGUGCUCAUUGUAGUAAACUUUUGCUUUAUAGAUUUGAAGGUACAGACUUAUACAAGCAAGUUCACAAAAUCAGGAUUAGUUACAAACAUUAAGUAAAAUGAAGUUAAAAUAAAUUAUUAUUUUCUAUUUGAUAUGUUUUUAUGUGAUUCCUCAUUUUGCAGUGGUGCCUAUAAAAUAAAAGCCUUUUGCAGUG